GAGAGAGAGAGAGAGAGAGAGAGAGUGCUACGGCUGCUGGUUGUCACUCAUUGUGCCGCGAACACGGGUAGCGACAAGGACCAAAAUUGAGUCCGGUAGCAGUUGUUAUCGCUGGAAAAGGCUGAUAUCUAUAUUUUUCACCUCCUCUUCCCCAGGAGCGACAACCGCCUCUUGUUUUAAAGUGCGUCUCUUCUGCAAAGGAGAAUAUCUGUGACACAUUACAAUGCUGCAAAUAAGGGACCUCCUCUGGGGAUUGCUACUCAUUGGCUGUGCAGCCUCCAUCCAGGUGGAAAUCACUCCGACACAGGGAGAAAUCAGUGUGGGAGAGUCCAAAUUUUUCCUCUGCGAAGUGGUGGGCGACGCCAAAGACAUCGACUGGUACGCCCCCAGCGGUGAGAAGAUCCUCCCCAACAGGCAGGACAUUUUUGUGAGCCGCAGCGACGAGAGCAUGUCGACCCUCACCAUAUACCACGCCACCGUGGACAACGCCGGCAUCUACAAGUGCGUGGCGAGGAACGGGGACAAGGAGGCGGAGGCCACUGUCCAAGUCAAGAUCUUUCAGAAAAUCACCUUCCAGAGCGCGCCGAGCCCACAGGAGUUCAACGAAGGCGACGACGCCGACAUAGUCUGCGACGCCGUCAGCUCGCCGCCGCCAAACAUCAUCUGGAAACAUAAAGGCACCAAGAUCCAGUCUGCCAAAGAUGUGCGCUACAGGAUCAUGGAUAACGGCCACCUGCAGAUCCGCGGCAUCAAGAAGACAGAUGAGGGCACGUACACCUGCGAGGCGCGCGUCAUGGCCAGGGGAGAAAUUGACUUCAGGAUGAUCAAGGUCGUUGUUAAUGUGCUCCCCACCAUCCGUGCCAGGCAGUCCGAGGUCAACGCCACGGCCGACAUCGGCAGCUUUGCUGUGUUGGCAUGCGACGCCGACGGCUUCCCCGAACCCACCGUCACCUGGGCACAUAACAACGUUGUCCUUGAGCGGGGUGAUAAGUACACCAUGAAAGACGACGGUUCUGAAUUGGUAAUCGCGGAUGUCACGAAACUGGAUGAAGGAGAAUACACUUGCAUCGCCAAGAACAAGGCGGGCGAGAAAUCCGUGGAAGUCAGCCUCAACGUUUUUGUGCCGCCCAAGAUUACCUACUUGAAUAACGAGACUGCCUUAGAGUUCGACGAGCAACUCACGCUGACCUGCGAGGCCUCGGGCGACCCCAUCCCCACCAUCUCCUGGAGCUUUGAAGACAAGGUGUUCACUGAAGGACAGCAGGCUUCUUGGACGCGACCAGACAAAUAUGAGAGCCUCGAUAGAAAUAUCGUGGUGCGCAGCCACGCGCGGGUUUCCUCCCUCACCUUGAAAAAUGUGCAGUUCACGUACGCCGGCCAGUAUCUCUGCACCGCCAGCAACUCCAUCGGUCAGGACGACAAGCACAUGUACCUGGAGGUCCGCUAUGCUCCAAAGAUCCUGGGAGCGGUUGCAACGUACACGUGGGAGGGAAACGCGGCCAACAUCAGCUGCGAGGUGGAGGCUCACCCGGGCGCGUCGGUGGUUUGGUUCCGAGACGGCCUGCAGCUGCCCAGCGCCAACAUGACCAACGUCAAGAUCUACAACGUGCAAGCCAUCAGCUACCUGGAGGUCACCCCUGAGUCUCAGUAUGAGUUUGGGAGCUACAACUGCACGGCGACAAAUUUGAUGGGCAGCGAGUCCAAGGAAUUCCUUCUCAUCCAAGCAGAGGUGCCGUCAUCGCCAGAAAUCAUACAGGUGGAAGCCUUCUCGAGCACGGCGGUGGUAGAGUUCAAGGAGCCCGAUUCCCUCGGUGGAGUGCCCAUUAUCAAGUACAUAGUGGAAUGGCGUUUGACCGGCCAGGACUGGACUGGCAAGGAGUAUAAAGCCGAGGACGACAUGACCGAGGUCACCAUCACCGGCCUGAAACCGGAGACCACCUACGAGGUCAAGAUCUCGGCCGUCAACGGCAAAGGUGAAGGCGAGAGCAGCCCGGCCGACACUUUCAAGACCAAGCCCGUCCGGUAUUCUUUCACAACUUCAUCCCAGAUUCCACCCACUAUUGCUGCCACCACUAUGGCCCAUAGGGAACCCACUGCCCCAAAACUAGAGGCCAAGGUCCAUAACAGGGGCAAUUCUCUUAUGGUCAACUGGAUCAAACAGGACGACGGCGGCUCACCCAUUAAACAUUACCUGGUCAAAUACAAGGCUAAGCACGUAUCCGACUGGAAGCCCGAGAUCCGCCUGCCUCACGGCAGUGAGUAUGUGGUGCUUUUCGGCCUGGACUGGGACACAGAGUACGAGGUGCACGUGGUGGCAGAAAAUCAGCAGGGCAGGUCUGACCCGGGAAUCCUCUCCUUCAGAACAGCCACAGAGCCCACUACCAUCCCAGACGCCAUGGGCAGCGUCUCGGGCCUGAGCACCGGCGCCAUCGUGGGCAUCCUCAUCGCCGUCUUCUUCCUGCUGCUGGUCGGCAUCGACGUCACGUGCUACUUCCUCAACAAGUGUGGACUCCUCAUGUGCAUCGCCGUGAACGUCUGCGGGAAGGCCGGACCCGGAGCCAAGAGCAAGGACAUCGAGGAGGGCAAGGCGGCGUUCACGAAAGACGAGUCCAAAGAGCCGAUUGUUGAGGUGAGAACUGAGGAAGAGAACGUGGCGAACCAAGAGGGAGGGUCUCCAACCGAGCCCAACGAGACCACGCCUUUGACGGAACCCGAGCCUGCUGCGGCUGCAGACGCCGCCUCCGUGGCGGUAAACUUGCCUCCCUGCACUGCUACUAACUCAGUCCCUGAGAGCUUUAGCACGGCACACAGCAGCCCUGUUAGUGAGAGCACCACGCUAACCACCAGCGUCUCCAGCCCAACCACAGCAGCCCCUCCCACGUCCUCCCCGCAAAAACCUAACUCCCAACCUGACGUCGGGCCCCUGGUCGACCUGAGCGACGCCCCUAAAGUUCCCAACCCAGUGCCCCCUGUCUCAGAGCCAGUCAGCUCACCCUCCGCCAAAGCCGAUGGCACUCAGAGCCAGAGUGACGCAGUCAAAGCCCCUGACAGCAGCCAGAAUAAGGACUUACAAGUAGACGGCCCGAGCAAGGAUCCCCCCAAUGCGCCGAGCACAACCACUACAGCUCAAAAUGACGGGAAGAUGGUGAAGGACGAUAGCACUAAAGGCGAGACGGAGGUGAAGAACGCCACAGACGAGGUGAAGACGGUCCCCAACGAGGCUCCCCAGACGAACGGCAACGAGAGUAAAGCGUAACCAUCUCGCGCGGCGGGAAAGAAAAAAAAAAGGGCGGUCGGGGUUGGAAGGGUGGUCAGGGUGUGGGGUUUUUAAGGUUAAUUGAGGGCGGGGUCACAGUCACUGAAACCUCAAAGCAUUGUCACAUGCCACCCCGUCAAAAAAAAAAAAAGCAACAGAAAAAGUACAAAAAAAAAGAGAAGAAAUUAUGGGUCUCUCUCUGUCUCCAGUGUCUUCUGACCAGAAAAAUGUAAAAAAACGUCAUGCACAUGCCUUAGUUUCUUUCUCGUCAACUGCUAUUUGUUUCUUUCUCACGGAAAAUCCACCCUUGACCUUCACCCACUUUCUUCUACACGAUAAUAAUAAAUGGAGAAACACACACAUAGAAACAACUCUUUUCCUCUAGGUAUCCAAGGUUGAACUUGUAGCUUUACUCCACAAUUCACUGCCUUCGUCGCACCGGCACGUUACCGACAACACCAUCCUUUAUGCAGCGUGGUUGUCGUGUGGGUCAUUUUGUCCAUGUUGUGUUGUGUUUGUGCAGAUGUCCCGGCCUGUUAUUAUUUUGUUGUGGCAGGGCUCCAGAGUAGAACGUUAGCUUGCCUGUUUUGUUUUUUUUGUUUUUGCAAAGUUACUGUAUUUCUGUACACAUUCCUCUUUAGGUGAUUUUUGUUUUUGUGUUUUAUUUUGUUAAAUGUUCCGGUUCAGAAAUCGUGUCGACGAAAACCGAGAGAGACGGAGGAAGACAAUGGAGGGAGGUUUAUCGCGCUUGUCUCACUUAAUGGGUUUGGACCCUGGCUCCUUAAAAAUGAGAGUUUUGCUGCGUAACAGGAAAUGCUUUUCAGUCCACAAAGUUCCUUCUUUUACGCUGUGUCUCGCGUGUACCGAGGCUUAAUUUAAAGGUCAAGAUGAAGGUUAAACACAGAAAGAGCAAACACUACUGCUGAUAAAGUCGAUAAAUCUCAUAAAUCAGAGACAGGUUUGGGUGUGAAGGAUGUAAAGGUGUUCCUUCCCAAAUUGUCACAUUCCAAACAAAAGUGAUGCCUUACUUUGCCUCGAUUUGAUAGAAACCUUUAGCUCGUGCUAUCGCGUCUUACUACACUCAUAAACUCUCAUGUGACCAAAUAUUGCAGGUGUUUUUAUCAGCGUUUGUAUUCUAUGACGUGGACCAAUGAGAAAAUAAACAAACACGACAUCCAGGCGUCAAGUUCAACUGUUUCUUCUUCUUUUAGUCGUCGUUAAUGUCGCUCCAGUGAAUUAAAUUAUGAAUCUAGAGGAAAUAGUAAAUAUUGUAGUUGUUUUGUCAGCAGAACUGAGCCCGAAUUCUCAAACAUCCUGAGGUGUUGACUUAGCGGCGACUACACUGUUAAAAAAAGAAAAUGGUUGUCAGUUAAAGUAACAAUUUAACUUUCUCAACCAUUCUCUGUUCUUUUCUCUUUUUUUUCAUUGAACCUGCUCUGUGUGAUGUUAGAUUGCAGACGCUCUCAGGUCUGGGUGGAUUAGGAUUAUUCCACGCACCUUCACUGUCAUCAUCCCUUGUAAACCAAACACUUUAAAAGAGGCGGAGCCUGUAGAGGGAACACAGUCUUAUUUAGAUUCAAAUACAAACACGUACCUUUGUCUCUUUCUCCCUCUCUCUCCCACACACACACACACACACACACACAUACAUGAUUUCAAUUCAAAUGUUUGGACUAAAGAAUAGUCUAUAGAAGUAUUUCCUUCACGUUUUCAGCCAAACUCGUUUCAUCCUCGGCGUCCGUCUCUUUCUUGAAUGCCACGUUUGAUUGGUUGCCAUGGAGUUUCCCGUCUCGUAGUCUCCAUCUGCGCUAACCCCUGUAAUCUUCACCGCUUAUUCAUGAACGCUGUGCGUCAGCGUCAGCUUUCUUAGAUUUCUUUACCUCUGAAUAACCAAACAUCUAAUUCCACCUGCGGUCAUCGUUGUCUCACUGUAUGUGUGUGUGUGUGUGUGUGUGUGUGUGUGUGCUUUCACCAUCUUGCCAUUAAGCUUUGAAUUAGUUUGUGCCUCCAGUGAUGCUUCAUGUACUGAACUUAAAAUCCCUUUUGGAACUAAAUUCUUUCUCUUGAACCGGAUUUAUUUUCUACAACUGCAAGGAUUCAAAAUUUGAAAUUCAUUUAAAUUCUGUGUUUCUAUAAUAUUGUACAAAACCACCAGGAGAAACCAUGGAUUUUAUUUUCAAUCGACGUUUUGAUGAGUUUUAUUUCGGCAGGUUAGCCCUUUGGACUGAUGUUAUGAUCGUUAUCUUUGCCUCCAAUUGAAAAAGGAGCUGCCGUUACGCUGAACAGAAGCACUGAGCAGCCAAAGCUAACCGUCUGUGGAUUCGAUUAUGAACGCAAAUCCUAUUUUUGUCGUUUAAUGAUGAAAAAACUGCACCACGAGAGCAGGCAGGGACCCAGUUUGAGGAGAGUGAGUUCAUUUAUCUCUGUGAUUCAUAAACUACGAUAAAAACCUGGCCUUGCUCGGGUCAUUGUGGAUCUCAUCUGUCCUUCCAUUCAGCAGCAGCAGCAGCAGCAGCACAUAAUCUCUGUGCAGCUUAGAAACCAACAAACUUUGUUAUUAAUGUGGGAUAGUUUUUUUAAAAAAGAUAAAUGUAUACUGGUAAAUCCACAAAACUGUGUUGAAAUACUAAAAAAACAAAACGACCAACGUCUAAUUUAAGAGAGACUUAACUCUCUUUUCAAGCAAAAUUAAGUCAAAUUUGGCGUCUUUUCCUUCAGAAUGCCGCGUUUUUUAAAUGUACGUCCAUGUGAAAGUGAAGGGAUUUUUAAACGUGUUUCCAAAAACCACAGCACCUUCUUUUUUCUCUCUCUCUGUACAGUGUUUCUCUCCGUCUUUAGGCCGCAAGCCCGUUAACGCGCCGCGCAUGCGUGACUCCAUCGUCGUAGAGCUGAUAGCAGAUAGUUUGAACGUGUGUGAAAAAGACGUAGCCGAUAGCGUAGAUGCGACAAAAAAGAACAUGCAGAAGAAGUCCGACAGCAGCAAACUGGGAAGACACAGUGCCUUUGAAUAAGAAAUAGUGGCGUGCACUCCGUUCCAUUCCCCACAGAUAGUCUGUUUCACACUUUCCACCUGUCUGUCCGCGUGCUCGUUCUUUCACUUCAUUUCACAGUUUGUAGAAUCGUCUCGUGUGUUCUGAGUGACUGCAUUUAACUUUGUCUGGUUCAAAAGUUUGCCGCUCAUUUCUGUCUUUGCGUCGUCGGAGGCCCAAACUGUAAUAAACUGGACGUAAAUGAAGGAAUUUAGACUUUUGUCAUGCAUCGCCGUCACGUCCAUGAAGAAGACAUCGUGACACUUUGCUCAGGUCACAAAUUCCCUGAGAAACCCUUGGAUUUGUCAGAUGCAAGCGUGCAAAAAUGUGUUUGAAUUUAAUAUUAUUUUCAUUUGAUAUGAAAAAAAAAACCCCAUCGAAGGCUUCAUGUGUUGUAAUUGAUCUUUUUUCUCACGUGUUGUGAAACUUGUCCCGAACUUUUAAUGUUUGCUUCAUCAUAAAAAAAAACAAUUAAAAAAAAAACAUUUUUUAUUUUGUUUGGGGGGGUUUGUUUGUUUGUUUGUUUGUUUUUGUUGCUUCACAAAGCUCUGAGAUGUAAUAAAAACAGUGAGGGGUGUUCGUGAGCAAAAGAAUUGACUGUUUCUGUUUAAAUAUAGUGUGAAAAUGUACAAACCUC